ACAUCCCUAGUGGUAUUGAUAAAUUCAAUUACAUUCAACUGAUUCAGUAAGAUGAGGAUUAAUACACACAUAACAAAAUAAACCAACUCCAAGAAGGAUUAGGCCUUAGGGUACAAACCUUAUGUAAGUUAUAUAUAAAUAUUCCUAAACUCUCUCCAACAAGUUAUUGUGAUUCUACAUCAACAAAACAAUUUUCUGCCUUGGAGAGAGUUUUUCCUUCAACCUAUCGAGAACACCAUGUCAUCGUCCAAUAAUUCUGGUAAGGUAUUAAAGCUGAAGAGCAAGGACAACCAAAUCUUCGAGGUCGAAGAAUCCGUGGCCAUACAAUCGGAGCUGAUCAAGAACGUGGUCGAAGCCGGCUGCGACAUUGGUGUGAUUCCGUUGCUCACGGUGCAUAGCAAGACCUUAAGGAAUGUAAUAGAAUGGUGUCAAAAACAUGUUGAUUAUGUUGAAGAAAACGACAGCGGAUCAAACGAAGAAGAAAUCAAGAAUUGGGAGUCAGAAAUAUGUGAGGAAGGAAACAACAACGGAUCAGACGACGAAGAAACCAAGAAUUGGGAGUCGGAAGAAAACAACAACGGAUCAGACGAAGAAGAAGCCAAGAAUUGGGAGUCGGAAGGAAACAAUGACGGAUCAAACAAAGAAGAAGUCGAGAAUUGGGAGUGGGAAGAAAACAACGACGGAUCAGACGAAGAAGAACUCGAGAAUUGGGAAUCGAAAUUUGUGGACGUCGAUAAAGACAGUCUUUAUGCGCUUCUCUUAGCUGCGGACUAUCUCAGCAUUGACAGCUUGCUGGAACGAGUUAUCAAACAAGUUGCGGAUGUGAUUAAACAGUGCAGGAGCGUUGAGGAAGUUCGUCAAACUUUUGGAAUCAAGAGUGAUUUUACUCCCGAAGAAGAAGAAGAAAUUCGUGAGGAGAUUUCUUGGAUUGAUUAAUUGAUUUAAUCUUGGAAUAGUUAUCAAGAUUUAAGGCUUGUAUUUGAACUAGUUUUACCUACCUUUGAUUUUUCUUUUAUAUCCGAAGAUCUUAAUUUUUCUCAAUUUUUUGAUAAUUUUUUAUUUAUAUUAACUUUAA